AACACAAUUUAUACACUUUUUAAUGUCAAACACUCAUCUUGUCUUGCUCUCCCUGAUCUCUGUGUAUUCUGGUUAAAGACAGGGUAUGUCGAAAAACUCUAUUUUCUCCCUCAACUUCAAAAUCGCCUAUAUCGCUUAUUGUUUUACCUUUUUUGUAAAGGGUGUUGAUCUUAUUUGCAUGUUCACUUCGCAAAGACUAGGUCGGAACUUCUGCAGCGAUGUAGGAUGAUUUUGAAAUAAUUUUGAAAGAAAGACAUGAACAUCUUGGAUGACAUGUUGUUCUAGAAGUGGACUUCUCCUUUAAACGUCCAGGGACCUACACGCUAGGUAGAAUAUAGGUUACAGCUAGGUUGCAGGCUGGCCUUCCAGUGGCUUUGGCACUAUUCACCCGCCAUAGUAGCUUACUGGGCUCGUCACAACAUUGCUCCGCCUCCUUUACUCGACGCGUUUCUAUAGCAACAUCUAACCAAAUGUGAGUAAACAGUGUGAGUAAAAACAUGCAAAAAAUGUCGGCAAUGAACAGGAAAUUAACUCAAAACCUCGCCGAAACUUUAUGCAAGCAAGUCAAACAUUUUAAUAAAACAGAGACGGAGUGUCUAAUAAGGCUUUUCCACGAGCUGCUGGGAGAGCAGGCAGAGAGAAGAGCGGCUCAUGGACUGGACCGGGUCAAGUUUAGAAACAUACUGCACAACACAUUCGGGAUGACCGACGAUAUGAUGAUGGAUAGCGUUUUUCGCGCUUUUGACAAGGACAAUGACACCUACAUAAGCGUCAAAGAAUGGGUGGAAGGUCUGUCUGUCUUUUUGCGAGGCACACUGGAUGAAAAAAUUAAAUUCUGUUUUGACGUAUACAACCUGCAUGGGGAUGGAUACAUCUCACGGGAGGAGAUGUUACAAAUGCUAAAAGACAGCCUCAUCAGACAACCCACUGAAGAGGACCCCGACGAGGGCAUUAAGGACAUUGUGGAGAUUGCCUUGAAGAAAAUGGAUUAUGACCAUGAUGGGAAAGUUUCUUAUUCCGAUUUUGAGAAGACAGUCAAAGAUGAAAACCUUUUACUAGAAGCUUUUGGGAACUGCCUCCCAAAUGCAAAGAGUGUAUUGGUAUUUGAGCAACAUGCAUUUCAAGAACUACAUGGACACUGAAAAGAAUCGCUUCCUUUUUUUAAUAAAAACAAAACAAAACCAAAAACUCCAGUUAAACAAUUUUUGUGGCUGAAACUGAAAUAAAUAUCUG